AUGGAAGUGCGAAAUACACUCUUUAUGUGGUCCUGUAGAGUCAAAUUCAUGUCAAAAAUACAGCCCAAAUUGAAAAUGGUAAGAAAUUACAUAAGAAAAUCCACCAGAUGUUCGUCUUAUAAUGAAGAAUCAUUGAAAAUUGCUGUUGAAUCAGUAACGAAUGGCAUGCCACUAAAAACGGCUGUCAAAAAAUAUGGGGUCCCUGCAAGAACUUUAAAAAGGCAUCAGAUGGCCAUGACCAAAUUUCCUGGAAAAAUUAGGCUGGGACAUUUUCACUCAAUUUUUACAAAGGACCAAGAACUAGAACUAGUAGAAAUUAUUAAAAGUAUGGAAAAAUCACUCUUCGGAAUGACCACAACAGACAUCAGGAAAGUGGCUUUUGAAUUUGCCGAAAAAAUGAAAUUAAGCCAUCCAUUCAAGGUUGAAAUGAAAAUGGCAGGGAUAGACUGGAUGUAUGGUUUUUUAAAAAGACAUCUAACGCUAUCUAUUAGAAAGCCGGAAGCGAUAAAUUUAUCACGGUUAGUUGGCUUCAAUAAAGAGCAGGUAAAAAUAUUUUCAGAUGAAGAUUUUCAUCCUUCGAAUUUGACAGAUGAACCGUUACCAUCAUCUGCUUUUGAUUUGAAUUUACAUUCAAAUUCAUUGAUUGAAACCAUUGAAUCAGUGGUUGAAGAUGACCCAAACCAAUCAAUUUCUUCAAAAAGCCUUUUGGAGUCAAUUGUUGGACCAAUAAAAUCAUCAACGCCACGAGGUAGAAAAAGAAAAUCUGAAAGAGCUACCUUGCUAUGUGGCAUUUGGCAUCAUAAUGGUUGCCAAGGACUAGAAGAGGAUUAUAAUGACAUUUUUAUUUGUAUUGAGUGUGAUGAUUAA